UCCUGUUAAACACUUCGACGGGGGAGAUUGAAUCUGAAUUCCACACGUAUGUCCAGCCCCAGGAGCAUCCUCUUCUCUCUGAAUUUUGUAGAGAGCUAACGGGCAUCACGCAGAAUCAGGUUGAUGAAGGAGUCCCUCUCAACAUUUGUUUAUCGCAGUUUUUAAAAUGGAUUCAAAAGAUACAAAAGGAGAAGAAAAUUAUAUUUAGUUCAGAUAUUCCAAGUCUUGCUGCUUCAGAAGCAAAACUGUGUACCUUUGUUACUUGGACAGACUGGGACCUGGGUGUGUGUUUGCAGUAUGAGUGUAAAAGGAAGCAGCUGCGAAAACCUGACAUUUUAAAUUCCUGGAUUGAUCUCAAAGCAACAUACAGGGCCUUCUAUAAUAGGAAGCCUAAAGGGCUAAGUGGUGCUCUGCAGGAUUUGGGGAUAGCUUUUGCAGGACGGGAACAUUCUG